AUGACACUUCGGACCUUCGGUAUAAGCAUUCAACGGGUAUUUCAAGAGUGUGAUCUUGAAUUACAGCAACAGCGUGUCUUAUUAUAUAUUAUAGUAUUUAUUGGCCUUGGAGUGGUUAUGUUAAUUACAAUGUUCUUUCAAAGUUUUUUAUUCUCUUGUUCUGGUGAACGAUUAACUGAACGCUUACGAUCAAAAGCAUUUAAUGUGAUGUUACGUCAAGAUAUGAAAUAUUUUGAUGACCCUGAAAAUAAUACUGGUGCUUUAUGUACACGUUUAUCAACGGAAGCUGCAGCUGUACAAGGCGUAGGUGUUCGAAUUGGAACAAUAUUAGAAAAUUUAUCAAAUUUAGGUGUUGGAAUUAUCUUAUCAUUCGUGUAUGGAUGGACAUUAGCAUUAGUCGUCUUAGGUUUCGUACCAUGUAUUAUAGUAGCAGGAUUUUUACAAAUCUAUCUGAUGAGUCGUUUUGCUAGUAAGGAUAAAGAAACAUGUGAAAAUGCAAGCAAGUUGGCUAUUGAAGUUAUUCAAAAUAUUCGUACUGUCAAACAAUUAACAAAAGAAAAUGAUUUUGUCAACGACUAUUGUUGUUUGCUCGAUGUACCAUACAAAUCAUCAAUGAGACGUGCACAUCUAUUUGCAUUUUUAUUCAGUUUUACAAAUUCAAUCAUGUUUUUUGUAUUAGCGGCUGUUUUUUCGUUUGGUGGUUAUUUAGUUGAUCAAAACAGAAUGACAUUUGAGGAUGUCUUGUUAGUAUAUAAUUGUCUUGUGUUCGGUGCCGAAGCAGUUGGUCAAGCCAUGUCGAUAAUACCUGGUUAUGGGAAAGCAAUUUCAGCUGCUGAAAAUUUGAUUGGCUUAUUUGACUCAAAAGUGACAAUAUAUGAUAAUGAUGAUGAUCCUUCUAAAACUAAAAGUAUUAGCGAUUUCCACGGUGAAUUACAAUUGGAUAAUGUUUCAUUUGCCUACCCAAAUCGAUCCGACAGUUUAGUAUUGGACAAUUUUUCCUUGACAGCUAAACCUGGUGCUAGUGGAUGCGGUAAAUCGACAAUUAUUCAACUGAUUUUGCGAUUUUAUGAUCCUCAUCACGGUCACUUGAGAGUAGAUCAACAUGAUAUUCGUAGUCUGAAUCUCAAAUGGUUUCGAUCGCAAGUAGGAUUUGUCGGACAAGAACCGAUAUUGUUCAAUAUGACAAUUGCUGAAAAUAUUGCUUAUGGUGACACAUCGAGAAAAAUCAGCAAAUCAGAAAUUGAACAAGCCGCAACAGAUGCAAACAUACAUGAGUUUAUUAGUAAUGAACUACCUGAGAAAUAUGACACAAAGGUUGGUUCAAAAGGUCAUUAUAGCUUAUCAGGUGGACAAAAACAACGAAUAGCCAUUGCUCGCACACUAAUUCGAAACCCAAAAAUACUUUUGCUUGACGAAGCAACAAGUGCCUUGGAUGCAAAAAAUGAAAAAGAUGUUCAAGAAGCCCUUGAUCGUGCUCAAAAACAUCGUACAUCAAUUACUAUUGCUCAUCGUUUAUCAACAAUACAAGAUGCGGAUUUUAUUUGUUUUGUACAUAAUGGACGCGUGACUGAGUCUGGCACCCAUAGUCAAUUAUUGGGGAAACGAGGAUUAUAUUACAAUUUAGCAAAACGGUCUUAG